AUGUCUGCGGCCGUCCAGGCUCCCACCAUCGAUCUCUUGGAGACAGAGCUGGCCAGAGCGAGGUCAGCCCUACAUCAUGUCCCCGUGAAUCCGCUGCAGUACGCCACCCUCGGCGAGGAUGUCACCGCCGGCGCUCUGGUAGCGUACAAGAACAACCUAAUCGCCUACGACCACGACUUCUUCUCCGGCAACCAACGCCUGACCCCCAAGGAGCUGGGCCUAGUCAGUGUUCAAGAAGUCGUUCCUACGCCGGCCGAGGAAAAGACCCUUGAACUGCCAACCCCUCCUACUAAUCUCCUCGAUCUCCUCUCUAACAACGUAAUCCUGCACCAUCUGGCCCCUUUACUCUCUAUCUCAUCUCUUUUGUCGCUGGGGUCCACCUGCAAGACAGCCCGCGUUUUCAUUCACAAUACCCCCUAUGUGUUUCGACAUUUAGAUCUGACUACGUGCCGCGGGGCCACGCUUCCCGACCCGGCCAGUCGCCGAGACCAGAGUGCAGAUGAUUCUCAGACUGAAGACGACUUCUACUCUGCACCUCUGCGUGGAGUCUUUGACCGGCUCCAGAAACAGUCGAUUCUUUCCAGUGUGCGGACUUUGGUAUUGGACGGCCUGCCUGUCCCAACAAACCUGAUUGCUGAUAUAAUUCUCACUGAUCGAUUCAACGUCAACAUUCUCUCGAUUCGCGAGUGCCUGCAUCUUAAUGAGCAGAAGCUUAUGCAGACACUGGCAUACGCUGUCCGUCCUAGCCGUCCUGCAGGAACGCCCAAAGUGAAAGGCAUCUAUCACUUUACCCCUAAGGAAUCCAAAGGCAAUUCGUGCCCGAGUCGGAAACCGUCGUCGCGUCGUGAAUGGUGGAAGUCUCGCACUAGUUCUCAAUCGUCUCUAUCCUCUCUUUCAAGCUCAAUUUCAGCCUCGUCAGACUCCUCUGCCGAUGAUAGCCUCAACGAGUGGUACAGGCCUUCUGGCCAAUUACUGCGACAGCCAACAGAAGACGGCUGGGCUCAAGUUAUCAAGAAGUGCGAGGGCAUCAUCGCCUUUGAUGCAGUUUUAUGCCGAGGCCCCAGACACAAUGUCGACCUUUACUCAUCCACCAACACGAGCCAGCCCCAGCCAGAGGAAGGACUCCUUUCCCCGGCAAUUGCAACCAUAUCCCUGGGACCCCGUGGAUGUGAUGGCUGCCGUACAUCGCCCGAGGGACCCGCCAUCUGGGGAGAGUCGCCAGAGUACUGUUUCCCUUUGCUCAACCCUCUUCCUCUGCACGCGUCCAAUGUGCUUGAAGCCAAACGCCCCAUUCCAAAGAACGAGACCGCUGUCAUGAUUGCAAGCUGUGCAGAAUGCAUGAAAAACCGCUGGUGUCAUUGCUGCAAGAAGUGGUUUUGCUUCACCUGCCUACCUAGCCCUGCCGAGGCUGUGACCCGGUUAAGCCCUCACCAAACCGUCGUGAGACGCAAUGGGUCCCGAGCAGAACGAACCCCAGUUCCCAAGCUUGGACCUGGUGUUAGCAAGGACUGUUGGGAAUGUGGGCCAACUUGUGCCAGCUGCAAAGUAAACCGCCAGCUUUCGUGCGGCACUUGUUAUGGCGAGUACUGUUCCGAGCACAAUGAUGGUUGCUCGGCCACACAGUGUGACUGGUGCAAUAUGAGUUCGAGACGACACGGACGGAAUAUAUUUUAG